AUGGCGGGGGAAGAAGACACUUUCGCGUCCCCACAAGGCAACCUUGAUGACGUGGAUGAGGAGCAUCGGAACAGCUUCAUCAAAGCACUACUCCGCAUCUUGCAUACAGAAAUUGCAGAGCUUACUUAUUCUGAGAUUUUAGAUGGAAUUCCCACGUCUGCUUCAUACUUUGACUUUUACUAUCAGCAAGAAGGGCACCCGGCAAUCAGCCACACAGAGCUCUGUCCAGACGUCCUUGAUCGUACCCGGCAGCUUCGCGAUCAGAUUAACCCAACAACGCUGCAUUUCUCCUCAUCUCUUCUAUUAUCCUUCCAAGCUACCCUACUAGGCACAAGGGGGUUCUCGCUGAGACUCAUCGAGCUUCUGGCCGUGUCGUGCCACCAGAUAGCAGUGCAUUUAUUUCAGCUACAAGAGUCCCGCCACACCCAAGAAGAAUAUGAAAGAUGGAGAGACGAGCCCCGGGAUCGAAACCGAUGGGACUGGUAUCGCGCGCCCACCGCGUUUUGCCACCGAUCCUAUCUUGCGAGUGAGCAAUACCCAAAUGGUAUCGCGGAUGUGUGUAAGGAAGUGUACUUGCACUCGUCUUUAAGAAACGGACCUCAGACGCUAUAUCCCCCUACACCUCUACAAUUCGAUAACCUAAUGCGAUUCUUGCUUAGUGAGGCGGAGCUAGGCUACAUGACGUCUAACCCUCCGCUUCCAAUUCUUGCCUCCGCGGAUAACCGCUGGCGCUGGGAUGCCUGGGAAGCCUUUUCACGCUUUCAUAUAUUCCGCGAUAGAUAUGAGCAGAGGAUCAAGCCUACUACUACCACUAAGCCGCGGAAGAACUGCCCGUCGGUAACGGAUUGGCCUGAAAUUGCAGACCAGCUCUUUCUUAUCAAUGCCAUGUAUGAUCGCCAGGCAGGCAAGCCGGUGAACGAGAACGAGGUCAUGGCUGCGAAAGAGCGUCUUUGCCAGAUAACACCGUCUUCUCCUGUCUGGAACGAUGACUGGCCACAACAGGAACCAGGGCCGGCGGGAGGACGGAAAGAGGCUUGA